GGAGUGGUUGGAUUGGAGUUUGUUGGUGUCGUUCGUUUAUUUGUAGAUUUUAUUAUACUUAUUUACAAAGUUUAUAUUAUUGUUAAUUGUGUACGAAUCAUCUGUUAGUAUUCGAGUAUUGUUUCUAUUACCCCUCUGUAUUGAGUACAAACAUUCGUAUCUUUGAGUUAUUUCAAGGAAUAGACUAGCUCGAAAUCUAGUCUUGUGCGCUUUCUUCCGUAUUUGUGUUUCUGCUUAGUACACCUACAUACCACUUAGUCCGCUCGAGCAACUUCUGAGGAUUGGGGGUGCAAAGUUUAUCUCUCAGUCGGAAUACGGUGCUCGAAGGACAGCAGCUGAUUUUGUUUAGUAACUGAAUAUUAUUGCUUGAAUGCAUAACUUGCUCUAGCGUUGUUAUAUAAUUGAUUUAGUGAUAAGAAAGUCCAUCAUGGCUAGGAAUAUUCUUCAACUAUCGAAACUUCCGAGGGUUCUGUUAAACUUUAAUCGUGGUUACUCGGAGACAUCCGCACAAUUCCCAAAGAUAACAACCCAUUACACCUUGAAUCCCAGAGAUAAGGACGAAAGAUGGGCAGAAGUCGACAUGGAGCGCUUCGUCGACGAAGCUGAUCUUCUGAUUGUCGGCGGUGGUCCAGCUGGGUUUUCGGCAGCGAUCCGUGCCAAACAGAUUGCCGCUGAGAAGGGACAGGAACUCCGAGUGUGCCUAGUGGAAAAAGCUUCCGAAGUUGGCGGCCAUAUACUUUCCGGAGCUUGCCUGGACCCGGUUGCUUUGAACGAGUUGAUCCCCGACUGGAAGGAAAAGGAAGCACCACUGAACACCCCGGUGAAUCAUGACAACUUUUCGUAUUUAACGACGAAUGGCAAACUUCCAAUCCCGAUUUUCCCGGGAUGGCCCAUGGAUAACCGAGGAAACUAUGUGGUCCGUUUGGGACAUGUGGUGGCAUGGCUCGGUCAGCAAGCGGAAGAAUUGGGUGUCGAAAUCUACCCUGGAACAGCGGCAUCGGAAGUUCUCUUCCACGAGGAUGGUUCAGUGAAAGGAAUUGCCACGGGCGAUGUUGGCAUUUCUAAGUCUGGGGCACCAAAGGACACAUUCGCGCGAGGAAUGGAACUGCAUGCUAAAACUACCAUCUUCGCCGAGGGAUGUCGUGGUCAUCUGUCGAAACAAUUGAUGGUCAAAUAUGGCCUCAAUGCUGAAAACGAUCCUCAAACCUACGGAAUUGGUUUGAAGGAAGUGUGGGAGAUAAAACCCGAGAACCACAAACCAGGCCUAGUUGAGCACACCAUUGGUUGGCCACUGGAUAAAAAUACGUACGGUGGAUCAUUCUUGUAUCACUUGAACGAACCAACGCCUCUUGUUUCGGUCGGUUUUGUCAUCGGACUGGAUUACGUAAAUCCGUACAUCAGUCCAUUCCAGGAGUUUCAACGAUUCAAAACUCACCCGAAAAUCCGAACAGUUUUUGAAGGAGGCAACCGCAUAGCAUACGGAGCACGUGCGCUAAACGAGGGAGGCUUCCAAAGUCUUCCGAAGCUCACAUUCCCCGGAGGUUGUCUGGUUGGGUGUGCCGCUGGUUUCAUGAACGUACCACGUGUCAAGGGAAGUCACUAUGCCAUGAAGAGCGGCAUGUUGGCUGCUGAGAGUGCUUGCGAAACUAUCUUUUCCGGUGCCACACAGGAGAAAACGGGACUAGAACCGAAGGAUUAUCCUGAUAGAAUCAAAGAAUCCUACGUGUGGAAGGAUCUGUACAAGGUACGAAAUGCCCGGCCCAGUUUCCACAACGCAUUCGGACUGUUUGGUGGGGUGGCAUACAGUGGGUUCACUCUGCUGGUCGGAGGACGGGAACCGUGGACUCUGCGGCAUGGAGCUCCCGAUCACACGCGGCUGAAACCGGCCAAGGAAUUCAAGCCGAUCGAGUACCCCAAGCCCGAUGGUAAGAUCACGUUCGAUCUGCUCUCGUCGGUGGCGUUGACCGGAACCAACCACGAGGGUGACCAGCCGGCCCAUCUGACCCUGAAGGAUGACACCGUUCCGGUGAAGAACAAUCUCGACAUUUACGACGGACCGGAAGCUCGAUUCUGCCCCGCAGGUGUGUACGAAUUCGUCCCGAACGAUGAGGGAGGCAACAUGAAGCUGCAAAUCAAUGCCCAGAAUUGCAUCCACUGCAAAACGUGCGACAUUAAAGACGUAACGCAGAACAUCAACUGGGUGGUGCCGGAGGGCGGCGGUGGUCCAGCCUACAACGGCAUGUAAUCAUCCGAUGGACACAUAUCCCUUCCUACCUCUCCUUCGCCAAGCAUUUAGCCGAUGCACCACAUGCCCGUACACGAAUUUUGUGACUUUACAAUUCUGUUAUUAGGAUAGCUAAAUUAAAGAUGUAUUGAUUUCUUUUCUAUAUUCUUGGAAUAAACUUUGUUAUCAUGGUUGAGAACUGCUUUUGCAAAUAUUGUAAAAUUUAUUUAUAUCCGUUUUCAUAAAAAAAAACUAAAAAUAUAACAAACAUAAUGAACAUGGAAAAUAUUGUAUAAAUUACUUACGACAUUGGGGCAUGAGUUCUGGAAUUGUUUUUAAAUAUUCAGCAGUAGGAUAGGAGCAUUGAAGCUUCAAGCACUUCACGGUUGUUGGUACGCUUUCAGUAUGACUUUUUCUUCAUUAUUUUCAUAAAUAACACCAUAACUGGAAAUAUAAAUUUUAUAUAGUAAUUGUAAUUGGGGCUUCCAAAAAUUAUGCACCAAUAAUUUGGCGCAAUACCGUUUUAUUUUCAGUUUGAAUGUGUUCAUUAAGGGCAGUGUGGUUAAUCAAUUUGAAAAUAAAAUCUUUGUUUCUA